UUCCCUAUAUUUUAGCUCUAGGAAUUCCUCGCGAAGGCGCUGCUCGUGGCGAUGCUCGUGCUCGUCGGUGAUUAUCCGCGUAAUACUCCUCCAGCUCCAGAUCUCCGGGUAUUUCAUUGCGAUCGCAGGGAUCCGGAUCCGGGGGGUAGGGUUUUGUAGAUUCACGCCAGGAAUCGGUCAUCGCCGAGCCACAUUGCCGUAUCGCGGAAGAAAUCAGGUCAAGAAAUGGCGUCUCCGUCGUCUUCUCUGUCGAUCACAGGUGGAAAAUCCUUCCGGAAGCUCAUCAGCCCGAAAUCCUUCAAGACGGCGACGACUCCUUCUCCCAACAGCAGCGGCACAAGGCGCACAUCCAGCGGCCGCUACAUGACGCUGUCCAAGGACGAUCAAGAUCUUGGAGGAGAGGUGAGCUCCGAGUUUAAUCCCAGCUAUCAUGUCCACAUUCCUCCAACACCGGACAAUCAGCCAAUGUCCGCCACACCCGCCGACCAGAUCCUCGCCGCCAAGGUGGAGCAGCAGUUUGUUUCCAACACGAUCUUCAGCGGUGGAUUCAACAGCGUGACGAGGGGCCAUGUCUUGGAGAAGAUGGUCGAGGCCGACGCAUCCCAUCCCCAAAUGGCGUGCGCUAGGAGCGGGGUGUGCUCGGUGGAAGGCUGCGAUGGGAAGUCCAUGAGGGACGAGAGGGGCGAGGACAUCACCCCUUGCGAAUGCGCGUAUAGGAUCUGCCGGGAGUGCUAUGUGGAUGCGCUGGAGAGCACAGGGAAGUGUCCCGGAUGCAAGGAGGCGUAUAAGGUGAUCGAUCCAGACGGGGAGGUCUUGCCACUGCCGCCACCCCCAGGGAGAGUUGACAGGAGGCUCUCGCUGCUCAGGUCCAGCAAGCCAUCGCUGCUGAUGAGAACACAGACGUCCGACUUCGAUCACGCUCGAUGGUUGUAUGAGACCAAAGGGACUUACGGGUAUGGGAACGCUCUCUGGCCCAAGGACGAGGCUUACAUGGAGAGUGGAGAUGAUGGAGCUCCUCCGAAAUUCAACGAGAAGGCGAGGAAGCCGAUGUCUAGGAAGACAGGGGUGUCUGCUGCGAUUCUUAGUCCAUACAGACUUCUCGUGAUCGUCCGGUUGGCAGUGCUGGGACUUUUCUUGGAAUGGCGGGUUCGACAUCCCAACAGAGAUGCGAUGUGGCUGUGGGGAAUGUCGGUGGUCUGUGAGAUCUGGUUCGCCUUCUCUUGGGUUUUGGACCAGCUGCCCAAGCUCUGUCCCGUCAACCGUGCCACCGACUUGAACGCGCUCAAGGACAGGUUUGAAACUCCGAGUCCCGAAAAUCCCAGGGGCAGAUCGGACCUUCCAGGCAUCGAUGUGUUCGUAUCUACUGCUGAUCCUGACAAGGAGCCAACUCUGGUGACGGCCAACACCAUCUUGUCGAUUCUAGCUGCCGAGUAUCCGGUGGAGAAACUUUGCUGCUAUCUUUCCGACGACGGUGGUGCAUUAAUCUCUUUCGAAGGUCUGGCCGAAGCAGCUAGUUUUGCCAGGUUCUGGGUUCCUUUCUGCCGGAAACACGAUAUCGAGCCUAGGAAUCCAGAGACUUACUUUCUUCUGAAGGGUGACCCGACGAAGAACAAACUGAGGUCGGAUUUUGUGAAGGACAGGAGAAGAGUCAAGCGAGAAUACGACGAGUUCAAGGUCCGCAUCAAUGGACUACCUGAUGCAAUCCGAAGAAGAUCCGACGCCUACAAUGCUCACGAGGAGAUACGAGCCAAACGUUACCAGAUAGAAAGUGGUGGUGAUCCAAGUGAGCCGCUCAAUGUUCCGAAAGCUACUUGGAUGGCUGAUGGCACCCACUGGCCGGGAACUUGGACGUCUUCGAACAAGGACCACAGCCGAGGAGAUCAUGCUGGGAUCAUUCAGGUUAUGCUCGCUCCACCAAGUAGCGAGCCUCUCAUGGGAAGCUCUGACGAAGACAACCUCAUUGACACGUCUGAGCUUGACAUCCGGCUUCCGAUGCUUGUUUAUGUUUCAAGGGAGAAGAGGCCGGGAUACGACCACAACAAGAAGGCAGGCGCCAUGAACGCGCUUGUGCGAACGAGUGCUAUCAUGUCCAACGGUGCCUUCAUCCUGAACCUUGACUGCGACCACUACAUUUUCAACUCUCUUGCGCUGAGGGAAGCAAUGUGCUUUAUGAUGGACCGAGGAGGCGACAGGCUUUGCUACGUCCAGUUCCCGCAGCGUUUUGAAGGCAUCGAUCCAAACGAUCGCUACGCCAACCACAACACCGUGUUCUUCGACGUCAACAUGCGGGCACUGGAUGGUGUACAGGGACCAGUUUACGUGGGGACUGGCUGUGUUUUCAGAAGGAUAGCGCUGUACGCGUUCGAUCCUCCACGACACAAGAGUCGUGGUUGCUGCGGUGAUAGAGACAGCAAGAAGAAGUCGGCCAAGUCGGAUAUCGAGAUAGCAUCUUUGAACGGUGGAGACGACGAAGAUGCGGAAGCUCAGCUGGUUCCAAAACGGUUUGGAAAUUCUAUCAGCUUUCUGGAGUCGAUACCCGUGGCGGAAUUUCAAGGUAGGCCACUGGACGCACAAGGUGUGAAGUAUGGAAGGCCUCCCGGAGCUUUGACAGAGCCUCGUGAACCACUGGAUGCUGCAACCGUGGCUGAAGCUAUCAAUGCCAUCUCUUGCUGGUACGAGGAUAAAACGGAGUGGGGACACAGAGUAGGAUGGAUUUACGGCUCGGUCACAGAAGACGUGGUAACUGGCUUCCGAAUGCAUGACAGAGGCUGGAGAUCGGUCUACUGCGUGACCAAACGAGACGCCUUCAGGGGAAGUGCUCCUAUAAACUUGACGGACAGGCUGCACCAAGUCUUGCGAUGGGCUACCGGGUCAGUGGAGAUUUUCUUUUCACGCAACAACGCUCUGUUUGCAAGCUCGAGGCUCAAGUUUCUCCAGCGGAUAGCCUACUUGAACGUCGGGAUUUAUCCGUUCACGUCGAUCUUCCUUCUGGUCUACUGCUUCCUCCCGGCACUGUCGCUCUUCACGGGCCAGUUCAUCGUCCAGACGCUCAACGUCACCUUCCUGGUCUACCUCCUGACCAUCACGGUGACGCUGUGCCUUUUGGCUGUGCUGGAGAUCAAGUGGUCGGGCAUCACACUGGACGAAUGGUGGCGGAACGAACAGUUCUGGGUCAUUGGAGGAACCAGUGCGCAUCUGGCAGCCGUGCUCCAGGGGCUACUCAAAGUCAUCGCUGGUGUGGACAUAUCUUUUACUCUGACGUCCAAAGCAGGUGGAGAAGGCGAAGAUGACGCUUACGCCGACCUCUACAUCGUCAAGUGGUCUGCUCUGAUGAUUCCUCCGAUCACCAUCAUGAUGACCAACUUGAUAGCGAUCGGGGUCGGAGUUUCGAGGACGAUUUACAGCGAGAUUCCCCAGUGGAGCAGGCUACUCGGCGGAGUGUUCUUCAGCGCCUGGGUGCUGUUCCACCUCUAUCCGUUUGCGAAGGGACUCAUGGGGCGACGAGGGAGGACUCCGACCAUCGUUUUCAUCUGGUCGGGACUUCUCGCCAUUGUCAUCUCACUGCUCUGGGUGUCGAUCAGCCCUCCGUCUCAAGCUCAAGGCAUUGGUGGUGGCUUCCAGUUUCCGUGAGUUUACUCUCAGGGGCCCUCUGUCUGUACAAAAAUGAUAUUCUCUCGCUUGAUUCAGCCCCGAUUGUCAAGAGCGACAGUCCUGGCAGUGACAUUCCAGUUGCCAAGCGUCCAGCAAUUCCAGCUGCUUGAUGUGCA